CGGCUCUCAGUCCAAGAAUAGCAGCCGGUGCACGCGCUACACUUUUCCAAUUGAACACAACGGAGGCAGGUGCAAACGGCAAUACACCUACACUAUCAAACGCUGUGCGGCCUUAUCGAGGUGUUAGCAACCCAGCCAAUUGGCAUUUCAACUAACUUAAACUAGCCAAAAAAAAAUAGAAAUUAUGGCUGGAGUCAGCGUGGGAUUUGCCAAAUGUUUUAUGCUAUUCAUGGCCAUUGUCAUACUGGUACAAGGCCUCGCAUACCUGGGACUCUCACUAUGGGGCAUCACAAUGCAAGAUUGCCAAGAAACAACGAAUAUUGCUGCCGACCCAUUCAAGUUCGCCAUGAACUUGAUCUAUUUUGUGCAGGAAGAGUGUGGUCCUCCGAUAAUUGAGCUUAGCUACGAUGGCGUACAAGGCAGCUACCCGUUGACCAUGGAUUGGCAUCAGUCGUAUGAGACAAAGAAUCGCGAGUUCAUCUUUAUGGUCACCUAUGCCGUGGUGAGCGGCCUUUGGGUGGCUGCCUCCGCAUUGAUCAUACUCACCCUGUGCUGCGCCACCACCAAAUUGAUUUCUGGCGUGAUCUACUGGCCCUGGUUCCUGUCCGUGCUGGCUGGCUGCAUUCUGGAUAUAGUGGCCACCGUCUAUCAUGGCAUGGACAUAUCAAAGACUUUGACACUGAAUGAUGCUUUUGAGUUUGUGGGCGCCACAUUGGAUCCUACAACUCCUAGCGAAGUGGUGAACUAUUUGGAUACAUUUGGCGUCUACUUUUCCACGCCCGCCAUUCUGAUGACUUGUCUGAGCUGCCGUGUGGUGAUCAUCUGGCUGCUGAAUGUGAUCGGCGGCAUCUUCUGUCUGUCCCUAUCAAAUGUGCUGGCCAAUCAGACGGCAGCUAAAACUAAUAGCCAGCCGAUAGAACGUCCGCUGCCGGCGCAACAGUCGACGGCGUAUGUGGCGCAAAUGCAGCAGCCGACGGCACCGACAUCUGUAACGCCCCAGCUCGAAGAGGAGCCGCAGUUUCCGGAGCAGGUGCGUCCCAAGCCAUCGCCUCUCAUAAUACCAGCGCAGACCUCAGACAUGUUGGAGCGACAGGAUUCCCGUUACCAGGCCAAUGAUCGAACCACACUGCAGUCGCCAGUGCAGGUUUUGCCGCCGCCACAGCAGCAACCACAGUCUCCACUAUCGCCACAGCAGGAGAAUAGCACCUACCGCAAUACCGAUGCCCAUCCCGAUCAGCUCAACUAUCCCGCCUCGGAUUCAACCACGCCACGCCCAGCUACACCCUUGUCGCCAGCAGCACAGCAGCUGGCCUCGAGCUCAGCUCUAAAUAGUCGCUAUUCGGAAAUUUAUCCAAUGCAGCCGACGAAUCCGCGCAUCAGCGAGGAGCUGCGCAAUCAGAUGCCCUGGUCGUACACGAAUAUGAUAACCAAGCCACCGCCGCCACCACGCAAGCCACAGCAGCAGGUCCAGAUAUAUCCGCAGAUACCCGAGCCGGACUACGCGGAGUACUAGCUAGUGAAGUAAUCAGCGUGGCUGCGACUAGUUUUGUUUUGAGUUAUUGUUAUCUUUAUUAUAGACAUAAAGCUAAUACACAUGACCAACAGUUUGUCUUA